AUGUCAUAUGAUACUUAUAAUCAAUAUGAAAAAAUGACAACUGAAGAAAAAAAUCGUAUUUGUGAUUCCAAUGGUGAAAUAAUAGCUGAAAAAAUUCGUCAACGUAAAUCAAUAGACAAGUGCUGUAACAACAACCUACAACAAAAUGAUUUAACGAUUAAUAACAAUAUCAAAAAAUCCUUCAAGAGACAACUUACCUCAUCAAACUACUUUGGUGAAAACGUUUCAAAUGAAGAAGACAAUGAUCAAUUUAUUUUUGUUGGUAAAUAUAACAAACGUAAACAAAGACGUACUGGUGAAAACAAUGAAGAUGAAUACAAUGAUGACGAUUUAUUGAUUAUAGACCAAAAUUCUGCUGCAACAUCAAAUGUAAAUAAUGGACGAACAUUUCUAAACAGCAGAAACAAAUCAAACAACAAUAUAAACAGAAACGAAAAUACUUACACUCGAACCUCGAACCACAUAUAUAAUCGAAAUGCACAGGAAGACAAAAAUAAAAACAACUAUUAUGGCACGUCAAGUGAUGCAAACAAAAAGAAAAAUGAUGGAGAAAUGACAGAAAUACAACAAAUCAAUUUAUCUGAAGAUUUAAAUAAAAAUAUUAAAAAUAAAACAAAUGAAAAUAGAAAUUCUGUCAUAUCAAUUUCACAACAUGCACUUCUUUAUGCUAUUGAGAAUCAUCUUCUACCAAUAAAAAUAGAAUGUCAUCCGAAAAUAAAUCAAAAUCAACAAGGAAAUGAAAUAAUAAAAGCACUUUUCGGUUUCAUUGAAAAAGAUUUUCGUCAAAAAAAUAAACAAUAUCAAUAUCCAUUAGGUUUUGAAUAUUGGUAUGUUAAUAAAAAUGGGGACCUAAUCUGCUACACCAAAUAUACUGAACUUUUUGUUUAUCUAUGUGAACCUCAAAAUUAUCCAACAUCAGUCGGUAAUACAAAUAUAACACCUUCAAGACCACGACAUUUGCCAUCUCAACAUUCGAUUGUACUCAAGUUUGUUCCUAACUAUAUCACGAAAGAAGAAAUUGAAACAGAAAUUGAAACAUCCAUCAAAUCAGUUUUUAAUAUUGAGGAAAUGAAAGGAUCCAUGACUGAGAAAUCACGUCAUGUAAGACUUGAGCUUACCUCUAUUGACGAAUACAAUUCAAUUCUUAAUAAUGGAGGGAUUACAAUAAAUGGACAUCUAAUAGAAGCACAUGAAUUUCUUUCUCCACCACGACUUCUAAUCUGCUCAAAGUGCAAUGACCCUGGACAUAUUCGACGCAAUUGUAACUUUCAAUAUGAUGCAUGUCGCAGAUGUGGUAAGGAUCGUACAGUAGGUGAACAUAAAGAAUGUAUUAUUUGUUGUCAUCGUUGCAAUCAAAAUCAUCUAUCUACUGAUUAUAAAUGUCCGUUUCUUGUUGAUUAUCGUCGAUCUCUUUUAUACAAACUUAAAGAUCAGCCUAAUUUAUUACCACCUAACAUGCAUAUCUUCAUUCCUAGCGAAUGUCGAGAACGAGGUGUUAAAAAUAAUAAAAUUUUAUGCAAUCCUUCAAACAAGUUAAAUAAUUCCUCUAUCCAUAAAAAUGCAUCACAAUUUUACUUAUCCAAUCACGUCUGGCCAGCAUUAGGCAAAGUGACAGAUGGUAACAUUAACUCACCUUUAAAUGAACAUUCAUUAUGGAACGAACUAAAAUCAAAACAAAAUGAAAUUAAUAAGAUAAAUGAAGAAUUCAAUAUAAAAAUACAACAUUUACAAGCAAAAUAUGAUGACCACAUGAAAAAGAUGAGCUCAAUUUUAAUGAUUAUCUCACAACAAGUUAAAGUACAAAAUGAAGGUAUUGAAAGAUGUCACACUACAAUAAAUGAAGUAUUACCAAUAUUAUCAUCAACUCUUGAAGUCUUUCAACGUAUAAUUACAAAACCUGAAACAGCAAUUGAAGCAACAUCAUACCAACAUACUUGGAUAGCCUACUUAGCAGCAAAAUCACCAGAUAAAGUAUGGUACAGAAAUGAUCUUGUUGAACGUUUAAAUGAAUGUGAAUAUUCAUUUAAUAGUCAAUAUGAUUUAAUAGAAAAUCUUAAUAAAAUAAAUCGAAAAGAAAAUCCAUCUCGAUCAUGUAAAUCACAUUUUGAUUUAUCAUUAAAAUUAUUUUAUUAUUCUAUUGAAAAUAUCUUAACUAUUGGAAAAAAAACAGAUUAA